AUGAGCGAAGACAAUACUCAUCCACGUGGUGGCCCGUCCAGUGACGGUUCGACCACGACACGUGCACCCUCGGAACGUUCCACGCCGUCCAUGAUCAAUCAAGAGGCGAACGACAAUGAUAUGGAAAAGGGGAGGUCGACUGCCGACCCAAUCGACUCCAAGGCCACCCAGGUACAAGAUGAAUCUCUCCCAGAAAAGACCCAGAUCGGCACAGGGCCUCCAGCUCUCACAGCAACUCCGAGUCCUGGACCUCCUCCCGAUGGAGGCGCCGAGGCGUGGAUGUCCGUGCUGGGCGCCUUUUGCGGAUUAUUUGUCAGUUUUGGAUGGAUCAAUUGUAUUGGAAUCUUUCAGACGUACUAUGAGACUCAUCAACUGCGCAAUCUGUCGACGAGUACCGUGACCUGGAUCACAUCGUUGGAGACAUUUGUCAUGUUCUUUGUGGGCCCCAUCUUCGGUACUCUCUUCGACAACUACGGUCCCCGUGCCAUUCUCCUCGGGGGCACCUUUUUCCACGUCUUCGGCCUGAUGAUGGCUUCCCUCUCCACCGAGUACUACCAAUUCAUCCUGGCUCAGGGAAUCUGCAGCCCCCUCGGCGCAAGUGCCAUCUUCAACGCCAGCGUCAACUCCGUCAGCACCUGGUUCGCCAAACGACGAGCCUUUGCCCUGGGCAUCACCGCCUCGGGGUCCAGUCUCGGCGGAGUCAUUUUUCCCAUCAUGGUCUCGAAUCUCAUCCCCAAGGUGGGAUUUCCCUGGGCGAUGCGGAUCUGCGCCUUUGUGAUCCUUGCAAUGUUGGCCAUCGCCAAUGCGACUCUCAAAUCGCGCAUCACACACACCAAAAAGCCAUUUGAUAUCAUGAAUUUCGUCCGGCCCUUGAAGGAUGUCAAAUUUGUGGUCACGGUGGCGGCGUGCUUUUGUUUCUUUUGGGGCAUGUUCUUGCCCUUUACGUUUGUGAUCACCCAGGCUCAACGAUAUGGCAUGUCCGAGCAUCUGUCGCUGUACUUGAUUCCAAUCCUCAACGCGGCCAGCAUCUUCGGCCGAACUCUUCCCGGCUACCUCGCCGACCGAAUCGGUCGAUACAACAUCAUGAUCUUCUUCAGCUAUCUCUCCGCCAUCCUAGUUCUCGCCCUCUGGCUACCCUCCCGCAGCAACGUCCCCGCCAUCAUCUUCAGUGCCCUCUACGGCUUCAGCUCCGGCGCCUUUGUCUCCAUUGUUCCGGCCUUGAUCGCCCAGAUUUCCGACCUGCGCGAGGUCGGCGUCCGAAACGGAACGUGUUUCUCCAUCAUCUCGUUUGCCGCACUGACCGGCACACCUAUCGGGGGCGCCUUGGUCCCGGAUGUGCUGACGGGGUCGUAUACCAAGUUGCAGGUGUUCUGUGGCGUGGUGAUGAUGGCCGGGUCGACCUUGUUUGUGGUGGCACGGAUCGUAGUGGGAGGUUGGAAAUUGGGCAAGGUGUAA